AAAAAUGCUUUGUCUGUGCGAUUGGGAUUUCGCUUUCGAUUGCGCAAUCGUCGUCAUUGUAGCCGCCGAAUCUCCGGCGCCUGUUCUUUCGGAACCACGGUCUCCAGAAUGGGAGUGGUUUCCUCAGCAGCCAUGCUGAACUCGGUCCAGUUCAAGCUCAACCGACCCUUGUCGGUCGGCUCUUCUCUCUUCAUCCUCUGUCUCGUGUUGCUCUGGAGCGCAUUGCCAAUGGUAGCUGGGGGACAACAGAACAUCCCAUUAUCGUUCUUGAGGCUGAUAGAGGGCUUUGGCGAUUCAUUGUCUUGGAUGAUUGUGUUCGUGAGAGAAUGGUUCGUCGUUCUCCCUGGACUGUUAUGGAGUUUCUUCUGCGUAUCAAUCCGUGGAGUCCGAUUGUUGAUCAAUUGUUCCACGACAUGGCUCAUGUGCCAUACCAGGCUUAUAUGUCUGCCAUUCCUCCCCAUCUUUGUACCUUGCAUCUAGGGAGACGUUUUGAUGAUCACUUAGAUGGUGGGGUUGAUAGGCGGGAGAUCGGUUAUAUUCGGAUAAUCCAGGUCAAUCAGAUCAUUUCAUCAAAGUGAAGGUUUUUAUCAAUGCUGAUGCUCCUCUGCAUUCUUGCUUGUUUGGCCAGAAUGAGAAUUUGGGAUCAGAAGUUUAUGAUCCUUCAAUGUCUGUCCGUCCUCUCCUCAUGGCAUGCUGCUUAAUGAGCAUACCCUGCUUCUGGUUGGGCAUUUAGCUGUUCCUCGACAUGGUAGAGGAUGCGGAUAUACAUGGGUUAAUCCUCGAUCCCGUGCUGCUGCUCCUCGUGGUCAAGCUGCGCAGG